GUGAAAUGAUCAUCAGCAAUGAAAAGUAUGAGAUGACAGAGGCGUCGAACUCUUACUACAGUGUGCAGAUGAGCUUAACAAUCAGACACCUGGACAAGUCUGAUUUGGGUGGCUAUAAAUGCAUAUCGAAAAACUCAAUUGGUGACGCUGAGGGGAACAUACGCCUCUAUGAAAUGGAGCUGCCAAAACAUUCUAAGCCCGCUCUCGGCGACGAUGAGAACGAACUACUAGAACCAGGCCAGCACCUGCCAACGGGACAACAGGGCUCGCUGCGGGAGUCGGACGGGACCGAGACGGGACGUGACGUCACCAGAAACGGCCAGUCGAGUGACGCCGCUCGUCUGUAUCCAAUCCACUUGACGACUGCUCUUCUGUUGCCACUUUCAACAUUCUACGUUGCGCUGUGAUCAGCUUAUCUACAUGAAUACUGUUGUAUCGAAUCAAGCAUUGUACAUAUCAAGUAUUGCCGGUGUAGAACUUUUAAUACAGAUCACUCUCCUUGAUAUAUAAUUUCGGGGCACCGAGCUUCGCUCGUUAUUUAUUUAAUGAUAAACGGAGCACAAUUAUUCAAAAUGAUUGGGGAAGGACAAACAGGCACAGCCCAAAACUGCUUCUUCCCCGAAUUUUGAUUUAUACA